CACAUGAUGAUCAACUAUUCAAUAUUCAACAAACUCAUUACCCAUCUCCACUAUCCCACAUGCAAUUUCCAUUCAUUAUUAUACAAAAAUAACAAUCAUUUCAAACUAUAACAACAAAAACAACACAAACCUGCAAAACCAACCAUCCAAAACAAUGAACAAUUUUCACAAAUUCCCUCUUCUACUAAUUCUAUUCUUUCUCACAUUACAAAAACCAGUAACAUCAAAAACCGAAUGCACUCGUAAAUGCGGCAAUCUCCACAUUCAAUUCCCAUUCCAUCUCGAAAACAACACCAACCACACCAACCACUCCCCUCAAACCUUCCAAUUAUCAUGCACAGAUCAACAUCAAACAGUGUUAGAAUUUCCCACAAUUCCAGUCACGCUUUUCAUCAAACACAUAGACUACAAAACACAAAAACUCCAAAUCUACGACCCAAAUAACUGUCUUUCAAGUCAGUUAUUCAAACUUAGAAACUCAACCGUUUCGCCUUUCCAGUUUCACUUUCAUGAGUUUAAUAUACAGCGCAACGUUUCGUUCUUUCGUUGUGAUUCGAGAAAUGGAUGUUUGAUUAAGCAACGUGAUUUUGGUGCGGAUUUUGUUGAUCCUGAAUUGGUUUCUUGUAGAAAAGUGAGUGAUGUAUUGAAUGUGGGUUGGAUGAUUGAGGAAUGGGAGGAUGAUGAUGUUACAGAGAGUUUGAUUUUGGAGUGGUCUAAACCUAAUUGUAGUUUUUGUGAAGUUCAAGGGAAGAAAUGUAGAUGGAAGAAUGGUAGUAGAAGUGGUGAAGUUGAAUGUUUUGUUUGUCCAUCAAAUGAGAUUGCUAGAUCUACUGUUCUUCUAAUUACUGCUGGGGUUAUAGUUGGUUCCAUGAUUUUGCUGCUAUUGGCAAAAGGAUUGCUUCAUAUAUAUCGCUAUUUUAAGAUGAAAGGGGAUGACAUAGCAAGGAUAGAGAAGUUCUUAGAGGAUUAUAGAGCAAUGAAACCUACAAGAUUCACUUAUGCUGAUAUUAAGAGAAUUACAAAUGGUUUUAAGGAGAGUUUAGGAGAAGGAGCUCAUGGAGCAGUGUUUAAAGGCAUGCUCUCCCAAGAAAUUUUGGUUGCUGUGAAGGUACUCAAUGAAACACAAGGAGAUGGAAAAGAUUUCAUUAAUGAAGUUGGAACCAUGGGAAAAAUUCAUCAUAUCAAUGUUGUUCGCUUGCUUGGAUUUUGUGCCGACGGGUUCCACCGUGCGCUUGUCUAUGAUUUCUUUCCAAAUGGGUCGUUGCAAAAUUUCUUGGCGCCGCCGGAGAACAAGGAUGUUUUUCUUGGUUGGGAAAAGUUGCAACAAAUUGCUCUUGGUGUUGCAAGAGGGAUUGAGUAUCUUCAUAUUGGUUGUGAUCAGAGAAUACUUCACUUUGAUAUCAAUCCACACAAUGUAUUAAUAGAUGAUAAUCUGAGUCCCAAAAUUACGGAUUUUGGGCUUGCGAAAUUGUAUCCGAAAAAUCAAAGCACCGUGUCUAUGACCGCGGCUAGAGGAACUUUGGGCUACAUUGCACCUGAAGUUUUCUCAAGAAACUUUGGAAACGUGUCUUAUAAGUCUGACAUUUAUAGCUAUGGAAUGUUGUUGCUGGAGAUGGUUGGUGGAAGAAAGAAUACUAACGUGUCAGCAGAGGAAACAUUCCAAGUUUUGUAUCCGGAAUGGAUCCAUAAUCUGGUUGAAGGGAAAGAUGUGCAAGUUAAUAUCGAGGAUAAGGUAGAUGUUAGAAUUGCAAAGAAACUUGCGCUUGUGGGACUUUGGUGUAUUCAGUGGAAUCCAGUGGAUCGUCCGGCUAUGAAAACUGUGGUACAAAUGCUUGAAGGGAAAGGAGAAAAAUUAACGGCACCCCCUACUCCUUUUGACUCUAUUGAUGUUAAAAGAACAAACGAGGUUAUUCCAACCCGACAUCUGAGUUUUGAGUUAGAAGUUAUUCCUGAAACAGAGUAACUUUCAGGUUUACCAAAUAUGAUAUAUACUCUACUGUACAGUUUUUUGGUUGCAACGAUUUGUACAGCAUUCUGUUAAAUUUGUUACAUUAAUAAUCCGCCAUAAUUGAUUUAUUUGAGUUCUGCUAUGACAGCUAUUUGUUCAGGACUUGUAUUCAUAGCCUUUGCAACAAUGAGCUUAGCUUUUCCUGAUGAUAAACAUUUUUCCAAAAAUAGAGUCCAUUUUGUAUGCUUUAGGAUAAGUCAAAGAAGAUCAUGAUCUAAGCCACUCAUAAUUUCAAACCAAAAUCCUUCAAACACUUCAAAAACAGCAACAAAGUUCUGCUGACAUAAUCUGUGUUUGUCAAGAUCAGUUGUCUAAUGAAUAAUUAGUUAAAUUUUAACAAUAAAGUCGAUUCAAAUCACAUACGUGCACCUCUAAGUGUUAUGUUAAGUCAACUCAGUUAGUAGCUAUGUAGAGACAUCAGUUUAAGUCAACUCAGUUGAUAGCUAUGCAGAGACAUCAGUUAUAGGGACGCAGAUUCGAACUUCUGAUAUCCCCACUUAUUCACCUGCCAUUAGACAAUUUGACCAAAUAUAUGUGCACCCCUAACUGUGACAUGAUCUGAAUCUUAAAUAUACAAAAUUAGAAUUUAUUUUAAAAAUAAAACCAAUUCAAGCAAAAAAACAAGAAAACACAAAAUCAUAUAAAAUGGUUUUUAUAAUUGUUUCAAGUUCAAAAUGGAAAUGGGUCAUACUCAUCUAAGUUUGAUAAAUAAAAUGUAGCCAACAAUUGUUUAGUCGGGUUUAAUUCGGAGUACUUUCAAUCAAUUCCUGUUUAUCCUGUGUUUCGUUAAAAAUUGUUUUUAACUAUGUGAGAGAGGGUCUUGUUAGCGGGUUGAGAUUCUCUAACUUUAGGGAGGGAACUUCCCUCUAACUUUCCCUCUAUCUCUCUCCUAUUACAUACUCUCUCAUCAUAUUUUCCUCCCUUUUCUUCUUUUUUUUUCCACUUUUUUUUUUCAAAAAAUUGCCUAAAGUCACCAAAGGUAGAGAAGACAAAGUUAGAGAA